CCAAGAGCCAAGGCACCGAGGCAGAGUUAUCCGAUCUGACACCUCAGGCAUUCACACGUCCAGGCAUCCAGACAUUCAGGCAGAGAAGCAUCAAGAUGCAAUCCCCUCCGCCGACAGUGGAAUUGUCCCCGAUCCGUGCAUUCAGCGGCCACUCAUUACCCUGCCUUCCUCCUGAACGUACCAUCGGUCUUCGUGUGGCUGACGGACUCAACCCAUUUUCCUUGAUAACGAACCCUCCCUAACACACCCCUCAAUUCAUCACAUCAUGGGCGCCGGCAGCUCCAAGCCCGAGGCCUCGGCCGGCUCGACACACGUUUUCACGAGCAACUCCCCCGUCCAAUUCUCCUCCAACCUAGUUGAGUCCCUCCAGAACAACACCGAGACCGACUCCUCCCGCGCCAAAGCCCUCGAACUCCAGAUCCAAGCGCGCGUCUCGGAAGAACUCGAACGCCUCCGCGCCCGCGAACAGCAGACCCUCGCGGAGAUCGAGAAGCGCCUCGCCGAAGUCAAAGACACCGCCACCUCUUCCUCUUCAUCAACAUCCUCCACAUCCACCCCGAACAUCGCCUACCCGCCGGGCUCCCUGAACCUGGAUGCGCCCCGCAUCCCCUUCGCCGGCCGCGAGGCCACCCCCGCCGCUGCCGCGGCCCCGGAGGCCCAGAAGCCCAUCAACCUGGACGUGUCGCGGGACUCGGUGAACUCGGAGAUCGAGGAGCUGCGUGCCCGGCUCGAGGGCCGGCGGCGGUUGGCGCAGCUGGACGGGGAGGUGGAGAAGGCCCGGGCGGAGGUGGUGGGUUGUCUGCGGUUGAACGACCGGCGGCCGCUGAACUGCUGGAAGGAGGUCGAGAGCUUUAAGCGCGAGGUCGCGAAGAUGGAGGAGGCGUUUGUGGAUCGGAUUGUCGGUUAAAGUCGGGGAUAAAAUGGACAGACAGACAGAAAGACAGUCGAUGUGCGGUUGCUCGGGUUUAGAAAGAGAGGGGGGGGGGAUCUUUGGGAACAUGCGUCCACUGACGUUUGUGUAAAGUGUGUUGUUAGUUCUGUGU